AUGCCUUCAAAAGUGGAAUUCAGCUCAAUACCCAGGAGCUGCUAUUCGAACGAUGGAUCAGUGGUUGCGUACAAUGGGAGCAGUUUUCUUGGUGGGUUAGUGCUGCUUAACUUGGAAAUGCCUGCUGCAGCCAAUAAUCCAGGCGCCCUGACUCAUGGAAGUGGGCUGCCCCGUCCCCACGGGCGGAGGGUGGGACCCGCAGCACCUGGUCACCCCGUGCCCAAUGAGGGACAGCCAUUAAAGGGCGAGUUAAAUGAUGCUUAG